UUUACCUGUGUAACAGUAUACCUGUCCGAUCCGCUCAGGUAAUAUGGCUAAGGUUUCUUUUAUCAGCGCACAACAAAAGCAGCUUUUCACUUGACAAACAGUGGAAAAAUGUAAAUUCAAGGGACAUAAAGGAGGUUUUUUGGCAGAAUUCAACAUGAUCGGGAGUGACUAUACUUUGGACCUGUGUAAUGUGUUUUAUUCUGGUCAGGUCGAGCCAGGAACAUGCAUGCAGAGGGUUAUAGGAAACAUAAAAACUGGAAUCAUACUAAAAGAUGUGUCCAUGACCGUGAAUUCUGGAGAAGUUCUAGCAGUCUUAGGAUCAAAAGGUAGUGGAAAAAAAGCUUUGCUUGAUGUCAUUUCCAGAAGAGUGCAGGGACCAACCAGAGGACAGAUCUUGCUGAACAACCAACCAAUGAGCUUGUGCCUAUUUCAGCAAAGAUGCGGAUAUGUAACACACAAAUGCGACCUUAUACCCGGCUUGACAGUGGAGCAAACAUUGUAUUACACACCAACAAGGUUAACUGGUUAUUUGAAGAAAUCGAAAGUGAAACAAGUAAUGGCAGAUUUGGCCUUAUCGCAAGUUUCAAACAGAUGCGUUGAGAACUUGUCAAAAAGCGAAUAUAGAAGACUGAUGAUAGGAAUACAAUUAAUUAAAGAUCCAAUUAUAUUGCUCUUGGAUGAACCAACUUGGGAUCUAGAUCCAUUGAAUACAUAUCUCGUGGUGUCCAUUCUAUCAAAUGCAGCUAAAAAGUAUGGUGCAGCUAUAGUCCUGACUAUGGAGAAGCCAAGAUCUGAUGUUUUUCCUUUCUUGGAUAGAGUAUUGUACCUCUGUCUAGGUGAUGCUGUGUAUGCUGGUGGGACAAGACAUAUGCUUGAAUAUUUUGACGCUAUUGGAUUUCCUUGUCCACAGUUGGAAAAUCCCCUUAUGUAUUACUUGUGCCUUUCUACCGUGGAUCGAAGAUCCAGAGAAAGAUUCCUUGAGAGCAACCACCAAAUAGCAGCUUUGGUCGAAAAAUUCAAAAUCGAAGGUGGUUCAUACAGGAAAGGUACUUCAAUCAGUCCUAGCCAUGUUCCAGAACAUAAAAUGCCUCUAUUACUUGGAAAAAUUGGAUCAUUUAACGUCGCAUGGACCGUUUACAUGAGACUAUUAGCUGCAAGCUUUUCAUUCAGGAAAGAAGGCCUUAAACAGAUUUUCCUAAGACUAUUUUUGACGCCCAUUUUCUUCCUUUUCCUUUGGAUAUUUUACAACAAAAUGGAAAACUACCAACAGGCCAUCAUAUCAAAAAGCGGACUGAUACUUAAUAGCCUUGCAGGAGUUUAUUUUUUAGGAAUAUUGAACACAGUCAUUUUGUAUCCAACUUACAGAACAAGAUAUUUUCAAGAAUCUCAAGAAGGAUUGUACGGAGGUACAAUAUUUUUGUUGACGUAUAAUCUACUUUCGAUUCCAUUUUCGUUUGUCUCAGUUUUGGCAUCUGGAGCUAUAGUAUAUCCGUUGAUGGGUUCCUUCGAAGAACCAAUGGAGUACCUCUAUUUUUCCUUAAUUCUAUGGGCCUGCUAUCUGUUUUCCGAACAACAAACCAUGGCAAUUCUUAUGAUAGUCAAGGAUCAUCUAUCAGCGGCCAUAUUCAGUAUCUACAUAACUUGCGUUUGUCUCACUUUAAGUAGCGGUAUCUUAAGGUCGAUCAAGGGGCUUCAAGAAUGGCUGUUCCAUCUAACUUACGCUACUCAAGCCAGAUAUGCUGCAGCAUUUUUGAAUAGACAAGUAUUUUUGCAGCCUGACUUGCACAAUCCUUUGGCUUUUGAUGCUAAACACAAUUGUACGAAUAUGAAUUUGAUUGAGACGUCUUUAUUGAAUGGUAUUACAAACCCUUAUUGUAGGCACGCCAAUGGACAAAGUUUUCUCUCGGAAAGAUACACUAGAGACCAAUCAGACAACAUAUUCAAUGGAAUCCUUGAUUUUGACCUAAACAUUGGUAUAACUUUUGCAUUUUCUUUGGGCAUGAUUAUUUUUAACAUGUUUUUGUAUCUUAUCCCACUGCCUGCAUUUGUUAAAGCAAAGUUUAGAGAAUAAUAAUAGUUUUUAGAAAGAUAUUUUGUAUUUAAUUGUAAUAAUUAAUUGUAGUAGAUGGUAUAUUUAAUUAUAAAAAACACUAUUAUUAGAUAUUUAUUUAUUUUUUAU